UGCGGCCGCUAAAUAGACACACUCAAAAUUUAAUUAGUUUAGUGAUACAUUCAACUUGGUGAGCCGAAGUUUUCCACCAAGUCGUCCGUCGCAGUUUUUCUCUGUCUUCGAUAUUGCUCAAUGCCACCAUGGCGAUGGUUUCAAGAUUUUCUAAGAUCAAGUUUUCCUGCAGUGGACUGGUUUUCUGUCUGUUGUGGAUUCAUUUUAUACGUUCUACUGCAUCGGAAUACUGCUACAGUAACAUCGAUUCGGCAUGCCAUGCCAAGUCGUACACAAUAUCAGAGAGCUCGGAUAGCUUAGACUUGGAAGAUUGCAAUGCCAAGUACGGUUCGAUCGACGAGAUACAAGACGAUUUUUUGGCCUACGCCGACGAUCAGUUGCAAACCAGCUUCGAAUAUCUGCUGCUGUCCGCGCAGUUCAACAAUUACGACACUAAUCGCGCAGGUUUUCACAAACUGUACAGGAAAUUAUCCGAUGUCGCGUGGGAAAAUGCAUUGGCCAUCAUCCGAUACAUCAACAGUCGGGGCGGUCAGCUGUCGUUCGAGAACAUCUCGAACAAUGGAAAAAACAAAGAAAGAUCGCUCAACUUCGACAUGAGUGAAUUGCACAGCCUGGCCAGAGUCCUCGACUCCGAGAGUCGAUUGGCCAACGAAGCCCUGAGACUUCACACUCUGGCCACGGAUCACGAGGACGGCGCGGCGGCCCACUUCCUCGAGGAGGAACUCAUCAGGAAGCAGAGCGAGAUGAUUCGAGAUCUCGCUGGAUACACCAGCGAUUUGAAGAAGUUGCUGAGGCAGCGCGACGCACCCCUCGGUGUUUACUUGUUCGACGAUUAUCUCCGGACCAGUUUAUAAAUUAAUUCUCUUUAUUUUUUUGGUAUUCUUCGGAUUUUUUUUUUGUUUCGGUAAAAUCAAUUUUUGUACUAUGAUUGCAAAAUAUUUUGUUGAGUAAUUUUCAUUGGUGCGUAGGUAAUUUGUACCGUUGAAAUUCAAAUUAACUUGGAUCUAUUAAAAAUUUAUUUAAAAAAUAUAAAGAUUGUUGAGACGAGAAUAUUUAUUUAGCAAAUAAUAAGUGAAGGUUUCGGAUUUUUCUGAAUGCUCUUGGAUCUGGUAAAUUCUAGUUAUUUAAAGCUUUGUCGGAGUAAUAAGUAAGUUGGUAGUUGUUUUAAUUAGUCAUCAAUUUAAUUGCUAAUCAAAAAUUGUUUUGAAACUAUUUUCUUUCGAUUUUUCUCUUUUUUGAUUUCUUUAUCAUCAUUGGUUUUGUCUCAAAAUAUUAGCAGCUGUGUGAAACAAAUACACAAUGAAACUUGACUAAGCAACUCUGCCACUGUUCAGAGACUCCAAUUUUGUUUUUUUUCGAGUUGCCUAAUUUUUCUUUAGUUUCAAGUAAUAGAAUUUUCAUCUACAGACUUACUGCUUAUUGUAGAAUUUUUCAUUUUAUUUAUAUAGCUAUGAUAAAUAAUUAAUUUAUGAUUUAUUUGUAUGAAUGAUAGAACUUGAUAGAAACUUGAGCACUCCAAAAGUCUCGAAUAUUCGGUAAAAACACUGGAAUUUUUACGAUUCGACUCGAACUCUCUCGAACUACUAGUCCGAUCAUAUAAACAGCUUUUCUUUUUCAAUUUCAUUAGUUUCAAGGAGAUACCGAAGCCAAGGUUUAAAUUGAAAUUUUCAAACACUUUUUCCUGAAUUUUCAUUGAAUAAUUUUCCAUGAAACAUCGUUGAUGACUGAAAAUCCACAAAAUGAAGACAUUCACGUAAUUUUUUUCGAGAGAUAUUCUGUAGACUUUUUUCAAAUGCAAAAACGUUGUAAUCAAGAUUCAAAUGAAAAAUUUUAAAUUUUCAUGUAGGCUCAACAAGACAUAAAGCUCUGUAGUAUAUAUUCAGUCUUACAAUUUUUAUAAUGCAAGAGAUUAACAAAAUUGUUAAACUUAAAGAAAAUAUAGUUAUCAUUCAAAUGUU